CCAGAGUGCGGCCCGCGCCAGCGCCACCGUCCGGUCCGCCCGCCAGCGGGCACAGCCGCGCGGCCACCGAGCGCUCCCUGCGCGGCGCUGCGAGCCUCCGGAAUGGGGCUUCGGGCGCUGGGCGCGCUCCGAACCCGGCGCAUGUAGGAGCCAAGCCGCGCCGGAGCCGCCCCACUGCCCGGAGCCCCAUCGCCGAGGACCCGGAGAUGCUGGGAAUGCUGUCGCCUGUUCCCCGAGGAGCCGCCGCGCCCGGGAUUCCCGGGCAUGGUGCGCGCCCCGAGAAGAAGGCGCCCCCUACAACUGACCCGCGCCCCCGGGGCAGCGCCACGAGAACCCUCUAGGCGACCGCAGCGCCACAACCGCUCUGCCGCAGGUGCCCUCUCGGAAACCAUGUACCCCGGAGCGGGCCCAUGGAGCCAUGGCCUAUAGGGUCCUGGGCCGCGCGGGGCCACCUCAGCCGCGGAGGGCACGCAGGCUGCUCUUCGCGUUCACGCUGUCGCUGUCCUGCACUUACCUGUGUUACAGCUUCCUGUGCUGCUGCGACGACCUCGGCCGCAGCCGCCUCUUGGGCGCGCCUCGCUGCCUCCGCGGCCCCGGUGCGAGCAGCCAGAAACUUCUCCCCAAGUCCCGCCCCUGCGGUCCCCCCGGGCCACCGCCCAGCGCGCCCGCGGCCGCCGCCGCUCCCGCUCCGCGCCUCCCCGGCUCCAACCACUCGGGCACACCGAAGCUGGGCACCAAGCGGCUUCCCCAAGCCCUCAUUGUGGGCGUGAAGAAGGGGGGCACCCGCGCGGUGCUGGAGUUUAUCCGCGUGCACCCGGACGUGCGGGCCUUGGGCACCGAGCCCCACUUCUUCGACAGGAACUACGGCCGCGGGCUGGACUGGUACAGGAGCCUGAUGCCCAGGACCCUGGAGACCCAGAUCACGCUGGAGAAGACACCCAGCUAUUUUGUCACUCAAGAAGCCCCCCGCCGGAUCUUCAACAUGUCCCGAGACACCAAGUUGAUCGUGGUUGUACGGAACCCAGUGACCCGGGCCAUUUCAGAUUAUACCCAGACACUCUCCAAGAAGCCCGACAUCCCCACCUUUGAGGGCCUGUCCUUCCGCAACCGCACCCUGGGCCUGGUGGACGUGUCGUGGAACGCCAUCCGCAUAGGCAUGUACGCGCUGCACCUGGAGACCUGGCUGCAGUACUUCCCGCUGGCCCAGAUCCACUUCGUCAGCGGCGAGCGACUCAUCACCGACCCCGCCGGGGAGAUGGGCCGGGUCCAGGACUUCCUGGGCAUCAAAAGAUUCAUCACAGACAAGCACUUCUACUUCAACAAGACCAAAGGAUUCCCUUGCUUGAAAAAACCAGAGUCGAGCGUCCUGCCUCGAUGCCUGGGCAAAUCCAAAGGGAGAACUCACGUACAAAUCGAUCCUGAAGUGAUAGACCAGCUCCGGGAAUUUUAUAGACCUUAUAAUAUUAAGUUUUAUGAAACUGUUGGGCAGGACUUCAGGUGGGAGUAAGCCACCCAGAU